GAUGACUUUCUCUACAGUGUGUCUGUUGUAAGCGGGAUCUCCUGUGCUGUGCUGGCUGUUGCCAAAUUAAUGCUGGGAAGAAAACUGACAAGUCGGGCUCUUAUCACCGAUGGGUUUAACUCUCUGGUUGGUGCAAUCAUGGGAUUUUCGAUUCUUGUCAGCGCUGAAGUCUUCAAGCAGCACGCCAAC